UUAUUUUAAAUAUAUUACAGAUGGGCUGGAAAAUGUACAACAAAAGAAAAUCUUUGAAGAGAAUAAGAAAGAGACAGAAGAGACAGAAGAGCCAUGUCCUACUGAUUCAGUAGACUCUCUGAUGGCAGAAAUGCCAUUUGUCGACACAGAUAUUGAGGAUAAAUUUAUUAUGCACACAACCUCUGAAAUAACUAUAAAAAAGAAAAGAAAGAGGACUACUGGGAAGGAAAUUGAGGAAGACAGUGAGAGAAAGAAGAAAAAGAAAAAACAGUAUCAGCCAAAUUAUUUCAUUUCUCUUCCAAUUACUAAUCCAGAGAUUACUAGGAGUAUUCAGGCUGUCCAAGAUGCAGUAAUACAAAAGGAUCAAAGGUUUUCCAAAGCAAUGGUUCACUCUGGCUCAUUGCAUGUCACCAUGUUUGUGAUGCAUCUAUCCAACAAAGAAGAAAUUAGCAUAGCAGUUGGUGCUCUUUCAGACAGCAAGGAUUUUGUAGAAGAUCUCCUGAAAGGAAAAACCGUGGAUUUGUCUUUUCAAGGAAUUGAUCACUUCAAAAAUGAAGUUGGAUUUGUGAAGUUGGCAGAAAAUGAUCACACAGCUAUACUUAGAGAAAUAGCAGAGACUAUGAAGAAGAUAUUUCAAGAAAAGGGCAUCUUGGCAGGAGAAGAAAGAGCUUUUAAACCACAUCUGACCUUCAUGAAGUUGUCAAAAUCCACACCACUACGUAAGCAGGUGAAAAAAAUUGACCCAAGCCUGUAUGAAGAUUUUAAAAGCCAUUAUUUUGGAAACGAAAUCCUGCACCGCUUAGAUCUUUGCUCCAUGUUGAAAAAAAAGCAACCGAAUGGCUACUACUACUGUGAGUCCUCUAUUGUUUUUGGUGAAAAGCAUGCAGCAGAGCCAGAUGAUGCAGAGCUGGUGAGCCUCAGCAAAAGGCUGGUGGAGAACGCAGUGCUCAAGGCUGUACAGCAAUAUUUAGAAGAAACUCAAAACAAAACCAGACAGACUGAUGGAAGUCCUGUGAAAACUGAAGAAGCAGCAAGCGGCAGUAAGAAUGAGAGCGACAAUGAUAACAGCAAGUGAGCACUGUGCAAAAAGCCCGGGAGCGAAUAUCCCACCAAGAAUAACCACAAAAACAUGUCCCAGCUCCCUGCUGGAAUUUGCUAAGUGGUGCUGGGUGACAGGCACUCUGCUUUGUGAGUCUCUUAUCAAAAGUUUGUUCUGAAUUGAAGGACACAGUCUACUGGUGUAAUAAGUGCUUGCACUGCUGAAAAUCUGUUGAAUGCUGGGAGGGAUGGACGCAGGAAAAAAAGACGGGAAUGGCGAAGCAGGCUGCUUCAGUCUUCACUUGCUCUUGAUAUCAAGAAUCCCUUCCUUGCUUCUGAAGAGAAACUGAACCCUUUGCGUUUGCCUUUUGGAUUGUCAUGAACGGCCAUGGAAGAGGCCUGGCCACAAGUGGAAGCGAUGCCCUCUGCUCGAGGGUUUGGCACUGCUGCAGGGCUGCUUACUCCGUGUGAGAGCACGUGCUGUUUCCUAGUCAACAGCAGUCAACCCCAAGCUAAAAAUUACCACUACAGAUAUUCAUCGCAGAUACUAUUACACAGAAAGAGCCAUGAAGCAGACUCAGUAAAGGAAGCUUUACACAGAGAAACGCAGGCCCUGUUAUCCAGACUGAAUCAGAUAAAGGAGCUGUUAUCCAGUCCCGAGAUCCGCACAAAAAUUAGCAAAGAACUGUUUGAAGACAGGCACAAGUCUAACAGUAAAUGGAAAAGUUGUAUUGACUCUGAAUCUCCAAAUGCAUGAUUGGAAAUUGCCAUGAUGUAAAAUCUCAUCAGGUUGUUUGAAGAUGGAAAAUAUUUCUUCAAGAAACUUUCCUUUCUGUUUCUUUUUUACUGAAAAUAUGAAUGGGUGCAAAUGGGUCAUGAGGGAUCAUGCUGGAGUACUUGCACGGAAGGACUACAUUUCAUAAUGACGGAGUGCAGUCACUCCUCAGCACUUCUUUGAAACAUGCUUGAAUGUGCAGGUGAAUGUCAUGACUCCAAAGUGGAAAAAUACUGGUUUCAAAUAAAUCUGAGCAAACACUGUGCCCUUCCUUUAUCACUGCAAAUAAUUCAGAUUUUUCUCAUAGAUCCCUUCCCUAGCAAUGAUAUACAAAUAUUAAAAAAUGGAUGCUUUUAAAUACUUUUAAAUGUGUAUUUGAAAAAAAAAAACUUUUAAUUAUCUGCCUUUUGGAUAUGUACUGGCAUUUUGGGUUAGCAUUGUCUGGUUUUCGGGGUUUUUUUAAACAGCACUUGAAUACAUGUAUAAAUGCUGACAUGUUUCUGCUGAUGUUUACACUAAUGCAAGAAUGUUUUAAAGUUCAGAAUGAAAUUCAGGCUCCACUAAUCUCAAUGGCAGACUCUCAUUGGCUUUAAUGGAGUCAGGAUGCAGCAAUUAAGAUUUCUUGUGAAAAUAAUAAUAUUCCUUGAGAUAAUAUUUGCCUUUUUACUUUUGUAGAACAGUGGUUUUGUAUUUUGUUUCUGAUGUUUCCUCCGUCUCUACCUUCUGCUGCCGGAGGUGGGGUGCCAGUUUGCUCUCAUUGCUCCCUCCACACACCCACAAGAUUCACUGAAGCUUUGGAUGUACAACAGUGCAGGAGUAGGUCCAAUAUUUACAGUUUUUUAUAAACAUUGUUUAAAAUUGCCUCUGAUCAUAAAAGCUAUAAAAUAUGUGUUGUGAUUGGUAUCAGAAUUGUGCUGUUAGAACAGCUGUGUGCAUAUACUUCAUUGGUCUCAAGCACUGGUCAUUUGUCUCAUGCAUCAGAGCGCUUUUUUCUCAUACAUAACAGUAUAUUCUGAAAUGUCUCAUACAUGCUACGUUCACAAUAAAGUAUUUUUUCCUUUGCACCCUA